AUGUCUUACGCCGACGCAGCCGCAAAGGGCCCCAAGCAAUCGCCCGAGGAAGCCCGUGCCCCCCCUAUGGGUGGAGUCUACCACGAUGAAUCCGAAAGCACAGCCUCGUUGAUCGAUGUUGAUGGACCCCACGUGCAAACAGUGGAACCCGAGUUCCUUGAGCAAGACGUUCAGACCACAACCCAGGCCGAGCGCAUAGAGCGCGAAGCCGAGGAGAAGGAGAAACGCAAGCGCGAAGAAGAGGAACAGAAGAGGGCCAAGGCUUCCAAGUCCAAGAAGAGCAGCGGUAUCUGUGAAAACAGCAGCAACCCUGUCUUCCUGGCUAACGCCGCCAUCGCGACUGUGAUUGGCGCAGGCCUCGGCUUCGGUGCCUACAAGCAACACGCACGGGGCAACCUCUCCUGGGAGCUGGUCGGCCUGUCUGCUGGUGCCGUUGGUGUCUUUGGUGCUGUGGACUACUUUGUCAGCAAAUGGUUCCUGCAGAACAAGUUCCCCCCGAAAUAG